GCCUCACGCUUUACAGGUCUCGGUCGUUUCUUUUUAUUUUAACUGCGUAUUUCCGACUUGUUUUCUACUCCUACCAGCGGCGGCGAUAACAUCGGUGCUCUUCUUCUCUCUUCUCCUCUCGCUCGAUUCUUGCAUCUCCGGCGGCGAUUUCUGGUGGUUUCGUUACCUAUCUACAUAUCUACAUACAUAUACACACACCUGUAUAUACAUAUGCAGUGUUGUUAUUGUGAUUUGUUGAGUUUGAGCAGUGAAGUUGAGAUUUGAAAGUGAAAAAGGCAUUCGGAUACUGCAUAUGUAGAGAGAGAAAGUAUAGAGAGAGAAAGGGGAAGAGAUGGCAGGAGGUGUUGGUAAAAGGAUAAAGAUUGGCGUAUGCGUAAUGGAAAAGAAGGUUUUCUCCGCUCCGAUGGCGCAGAUUCUGGAGAGGCUACAGUCCUUUGGUGAAUUUGAGAUCGUACAUUUUGGGGACAAAGUUAUUCUUGAAGAUCCAAUAAAGAGUUGGCCAGUUUGCGAUUGCUUGAUUGCCUUCUAUUCUUCUGGUUAUCCCCUUGAAAAGGCUGAGGCAUAUGCUGCAUUAAGGAAGCCUUUCCUUGUAAAUGAAUUGGUGCAACAACACCUUCUUCAUGAUAGAAGGAAGGUAUACAAGCGUCUUGAAACAUAUGGAAUUCCUGUUCCAAGAUAUGCCCUUGUAAAUAGAGAAGUGCCGUAUCAAGAGCUGGAUUAUUUUGUUGAGGAAGAUGAUUUUGUUGAGGUUCAUGGGAGUCGCUUUUGGAAGCCUUUUGUGGAGAAACCUGUUCAUGGUGAUGAUCACAGCAUAAUGAUAUAUUACCCUAGUUCAUCUACCACCAACACCACU